AUGGGCGGAGCAAGCAAUUCAGGCACGCCCACUGUUGCGCCCUCUACUGCUCCUGCUAGUUCAAUUCCUCCUCCUCAGCCCCAACCAACACUAGUUCAGCCUUCACCAGCUCAUUCGUCCCCCACUGAAGAUCGAGGAAAAAAGAAGCGAAAGAAGUCCACGGCCAAGAAGGCGCAACCUGAGGUGACUUCUUCACCAGCUCAGGAGAGAGCCCCUACACCUGGCCCUACCCAAUUCGAGCAUUACGGGGUCAACACACCCAAACAGCAGACUACCUCAGAGGCUCCCCUCAACAUUUGGCAGUAUAGGAAUAUCAUUCCUCUCUAUCAGCUAAUGAGCAAGACUCAGCUGAACAUGGCUGGAUCCGAGUUGUCAAGGAGGUUCGAGAACAUAAAGGAGACACUGUUCCAGGUUGGGGCUGCCAAGGAUAAGAUUCAGGAGUUCAAGAUGUCUGAGGACUUCCUGAAUGACUUGGCCAUCUUGAACAAAUCGGUGCUUUAG